GGGGCGGGGGCGGGAGGCAGCAGUGCCCCCGCACUCCCCGCGUCUCGCACACUUGCACCGGUAACCAGCGCGCAGCCCAGCGUCGCCCCGCGCCGCGCUCGCUCCUCCCUCCCUCCUCCGGCUGCGUGGCUCCCGCGCUCCUGGCGAGGCUCAGGCGCCGAGCGCUCGGACGGGCGCACGGACAGACCGCCGCGGGGACGCCUCGGCCCGCGCCUCCGGGGCGGGCUAUGUUGAUUGCCCCGCCGGGGCCGGCCCGCGGGAUCAGCACAGCCCGGCCCGCGGCCCCGGCGGCCAGCGGGGACUAUGAACCGGAAAGCGCGGCGCUGCCUGGGCCACCUCUUUCUCAGCCUGGGCAUGGUCUACCUCCGGAUCGGGGGCUUCUCCUCAGUGGUAGCUCUGGGCGCAAGCAUCAUCUGUAACAAGAUCCCAGGCCUGGCUCCCAGACAGCGGGCGAUCUGCCAGAGCCGGCCUGACGCCAUCAUCGUCAUAGGAGAAGGCUCACAAAUGGGCCUGGACGAGUGUCAGUUUCAGUUCCGCAAUGGCCGCUGGAACUGCUCUGCACUGGGGGAGCGCACCGUCUUUGGAAAGGAGCUCAAAGUGGGUAGCCGGGAGGCUGCCUUCACCUACGCCAUCAUUGCCGCCGGCGUGGCCCACGCUAUCACAGCUGCCUGUACCCAGGGUAACCUCAGCGACUGUGGCUGCGACAAGGAGAAGCAAGGCCAGUACCACCGGGACGAGGGCUGGAAGUGGGGUGGCUGCUCUGCCGACAUCCGCUACGGCAUCGGCUUCGCCAAGGUCUUUGUGGAUGCCCGGGAGAUCAAGCAGAAUGCUCGGACGCUCAUGAACUUACACAAUAACGAGGCGGGCCGAAAGAUGCCGGUGAAGACCCUCUUCUUACCCACUCCUGAAACCCAGAACGGCAGCUUCUCAGGGGCCACCUUUAGGGAACAUGGCCACCGGUGA